AUAUAUACACACACACAAUUUAUUUUUAUUUUUUUAAUGUAAAAAUCUAUGACUAUGUCAUAAUAAAACUGCUCCCCAAGUGCCUCCAGCGCCGUUCAAACAAUCUAAACAUGAUCUGACACACAGAGAUGAAUCACUCCGCUAAUGAACAGAUGCGGUUCAGCUCAAGCCGAAAGGGGGCGCUGUUGAGUUUUGAACCCGCAUGUCCGCUCGCAUGUACGGGCUUCCCGACCACGUUUUGUGGGACAGUGGAGGGGGGAAAAAAUCUAAUAAAUCUAUAUAUUAACAUUAAAACAACAUAAAGACGCGUACUCUGUGGAAACCAUAUGGCCAUUUUAAUUGCUUUAGUAGUUACAUCCGUCGCUAAUAUAUGCGUCGUGCAUUUUUUUCUAUCCAGUAUGCCUAAAAAAUUACUAAUAAUAACCUAUUAUUAAACAUUUUAGUAGGAUGCCUCAACCGAUAACGUAAUUAAUGCAUUACUUGCGUGACAUUUAUAGACUUUCAUAAUGACUAUAAAUGAUUUCUUUUAAGAAAUGUCAAUAAUAUCGUCCUUUAAACAAGCAUUAAUAGCUUAAGUGUAAAUGAUCUUUUUAAGGUUAUUAAUAGGCCUAUAUCAUGUAUAAAUAAUUAUGAUUGCAUACUGUUAGAAAGCUUGAUUUUAAACAAUAGGCAGUGUGGGGAGAAAACACAAUGAAUGAAAAGAUGCUUUACCUGCUUUAAACAGCAAAAACAAAAUCGCUGUCCAUAAAGAGUUAAAGUCGUCGUUUAGCUCUCUGUCAGUUCUGACAGUUCGGGAAACUUUUGUUUCUUCUCUAGUAUGUAAAUUGACCGUCGGAUUCAGCGAGCCUAUUGGCUACGAGUCCGAGUCAAUUUCGUAUUUCAAACCUGACGUCAGGGCGGCUAUAAAACUCAGCAUUGCUUUUAUACUCCUAUGCUCGGUGAUCCUUUAAAAACUCUAGAACAAGCCCGGAGUACUUUUUUUUUUUCCAGCCAAGCAUCCAAUUGCCAAUCACAUACAUGUUACGGUCUUCAUUUCAACGAAACUAUUGAAAAAAAAGGGCGCCACGCAGCCAUGCAGUGUUAAAUGUUUGCGACUCAAACGCGUCGACACUCGCGCACAAAGAGAGAGGAACUGGAGACGCGCGCGCUCCUGCGUCUGUUGCGCGAAAGGCGAAAAGGCGUCAAUUUAAAAUAAAUAAAUAAAUCGGCGCCGGCGAACCCUUUUCUCCGCUUUUGAAGAAUUAAAUAAAGAAUUCAAGCUGGCUCACGCUGUCUCGAACCCGACCACUUUGACAGCAGCUCUUCACCCCCUUUGGAGGACUGUCAACAGCAAAAGGAUGGCAUCAGAACUGGCAAUGAGCAGCUCCGACCUGCCCACCAGUCCCCUGGCCAUGGAAUAUGUUAAUGACUUCGAUCUGAUGAAGUUUGAAGUGAAAAAGGAGCCGGUGGAGCCCGAUCGCAGCAUCAGCCAGUGCAGCCGCCUGAUCGCCGGGGGAUCCCUGUCUUCCACCCCGAUGAGCACGCCUUGCAGCUCGGUUCCCCCUUCUCCAAGCUUCUCGGCGCCCAGUCCGGGCUCCGGGAGCGAACAGAAGGCGCACCUGGAGGAUUUCUACUGGAUGACCGGUUACCAACAGCAGCUCAACCCAGAGGCUUUGGGCUUCAGCCCCGAGGACGCGGUGGAGGCGCUGAUCAACAGCAGUCACCAGCUCCAGAGCUUCGACGGCUAUGCUAGAGGGCAGCAGUUCGCCAGCGCAGCCGGCGCGGGAGGCGCCAUUGCCGGCGAGGAGAUGGGAUCCGCCGCCGCGGUGGUCUCCGCGGUCAUCGCGGCCGCCGCAGCCCAGAACGGCGCGCCGCACCACCACCACCAUCACCACCACCACCACCCGGGCGGGCACCAUCCGACGCCUGGCGUGCAGUCCAGCGGCAACCCCGCCAGCCACCAGCACAUGCACCUGGACCUGGACGAUCGCUUCUCGGACGAGCAGCUGGUGUCCAUGACCGUGCGCGAGCUCAACCGGCAGCUGCGGGGGGUCAGCAAAGAGGAGGUGAUCCGGCUCAAACAGAAGAGGAGAACCCUCAAAAACAGAGGCUAUGCCCAGUCGUGUCGCUACAAGCGGGUCCAGCAGAGGCACGUCCUGGAGGGCGAGAAGACCCAUCUGCUGCAGCAGGUGGACCACCUCAAGCAGGAGAUCUCCAGACUGGUGCGCGAGAGAGACGCGUACAAAGAGAAGUACGAGAAGCUCAUCAGCAGCGGCUUCAGAGAAAAUGGAUCCAGCAGCGACAACAACCCGUCGUCCCCGGAGUUUUUCAUAUCCGUUUAAUCCCGUAAUGAAGAAAUCGAUCUUUAGAGUUUAGCCCACGUUAACCUUUGCUCUGCGCUUUUGGACAACAAUAAGACAUUUUCCAUCGCCGAGUUCUUUUCAUUUUGUCUGUUCUGUUGCAACUGUAAUAUGUGAACGUGCUUUCAUUUGAUAUUUCCCCAUGUUGCCUCGUGUUGCGUAACUUUUAAGUUCACAUUGUUGUAAAGUUCAAGUGACACAUCACGCUGGUUUCGUGAGGGCACUGUACGCUGAAAGCGUGGAGAAGCGUUUGAACGCAUUCCCCUCAUAAAUCGAGCGAGAUUGACUUUGUGUUUCAUUCAAACUCCAUCACAUUUUGUGUUGUUGUGAAGAACUCAUUCAAUGGUGUAUUUAUUUGUGUAUCGGACGCGAUAUGUCGAGCCCACAUGCUGGUCAUGUUGGCAGCCGAUGUUUUUUCUUUCUUUUACCUGAACGAACUGAACUGAAAUGCUCCGACAUUACAUUCAUUUUCUCAUUGUCUGGUCCACUUUUUUGGGACUCUGAGCAAAAAAGUGACAUCUUUUCAUCCAAUACAUGAAACAUUGCCUCCAUGAUUCUUGCGACAAACUCCUGUCAUUUUCUGCACAACAAUAUUAGCGAUGAAACAUGUUUUGGCAAGAAGAGUGAUUCUGUAUGCUUAUCCUUUUUUGUGGAACGAGGAGACAUUAUUAAACCCCUGAAACAAUUGUAACUUAUCUCAGUGUGAUACACUUAAGACUGUGGAAGAUUUGCAUUUUGACAAACAUGUCACUCCACAUAUUGCUUCACCAUUAAAUAUGGUCAAACGAACGAUUUCGGAC